CCGCAAGGCAGCCUGGCCAUCACUUUCGCCCGUCCUGCUCGUCGUCGGCCGCCGUCGUCCAAGCGCAGUCUCCAGUCCUCCUUACUCGCUUUUCAACAGGUUGGUCUGAGACCGCGCCCUGGUUCGUUUCGCAGAUAGAAUAUCCUCGACGGGCUAUCCUUGAUUCUUGAAGGCUUCCGCUUCGCCGCUCAGCAGCACCCGCGCUGCGUACAGCAAGAACAACCUCGUACAGCGAUAGAUACCUAGGAGAGACAUGCAGACGAUCAAGUGCGUAGUGGUGGGAGAUGGUGCGGUCGGCAAGACCUGCCUGUUGAUCUCGUACACGACGAACAAGUUCCCCAGCGAGUACGUGCCCACUGUGUUCGACAACUAUGCCGUCACCGUCAUGAUCGGCGAUGACCCGUAUACGCUGGGCUUGUUUGACACGGCUGGCCAAGAGGAUUACGACCGUCUCCGACCAUUAUCAUACCCCCAGACGGACGUGUUCCUGGUGUGCUUCAGUGUGACGUCGCCACCGUCGUUCGAGAACGUGAAGGAGAAAUGGUUCCCUGAGGUGCACCACCACUGUCCCGGCGUGCCCUGCCUCAUCGUCGGCACGCAGGUCGAUCUGCGGGACGACCCCCAGGUACUGGAGAAACUGGCGAGGCAGAAGCAGCGCCCCAUCACCCCAGACCAGGGCGAGCGGCUUGCGCGGGAACUGGGCGCCGUCAAGUAUGUAGAGUGCUCGGCAUUGACGCAGAAGGGACUGAAGAACGUGUUCGACGAGGCAAUUGUCGCUGCGCUUGAACCACCCGUGGUCAAGAAGAAACGGCAUUGCAUUAUCGUCUAAGAGACGAUCACGCCUUACGCAAUCCUGCAACUCACGAGCACUCACUUCCCUUCAUGCCACGGUCGCGAUAUACCCCCAUAACCCGUACGCACCCCACGCGGUUCCGCCCCUCUGACCCUUCUCUGUUGUCCCUACGUCGACGUCUCUGGCCCCUUUCGACCAUUUGUCCUUCUCGCGCGGGACGGCUCGCCGCCGGGCACAGGAUGGACGAAUGUUUCGUCGCGUGCUCGCCGAGCGGGGUGGUCCCGUAUGUUGAUUUUGCCCUUGUGUAUUUCAUAUAGCUUUCAAUUGGGUUCAGGGGGUUCUAAUACCCAUGAGUUG